AUGCAACAAGAGUCCAAGGAAGUUUAUGAUCUCACCAACCAAGGCUCAAGCUCAAAGAAACAAGAUCUUGCCUUGAAAGCAAAAAGAGAAGUUGAAUCAUGCACAAGUGAAGAUGAGAGUGAAGACCACCAAGGAAAGGAAGAAAUAGCACUCUUUGUUAGAAGAUUCAACAAGUUUCUCAAGAAGAGUUGUUACAACAAGGAUGGUAGAAGAAAAGCUUUCGGCAAGUCUAAGGGAAGACAUUCAUUGAGAAGAUGUUAUGAGUGUGGUGAACCGGGUCACUUCAUAGCCAAUUGUCCAAACAAGAAGGACAAGAAAGAUAGUAAGAAGUACCACAAGAAAGACAAGAGCAAGUAUCACAAGAACUACAAAGGUCAAGCUCACAUUGGUCAAGAGUGUGAUUCCAACAACUCUGUCACCGACUCCAAUGAGGAUGAAGGUGUUGCAACUAUUGCUUUUGCAACCAUUUCACCGACUAAGUCAUUAUUCGAUCACUCAAGCGAUGACGAGGCAACCAUUUGUCUUAUGGCAAAAGGGUGCAAUGUAUUAUCUGCUACAAAAUCGUAUAAUAUUGAUGUUACUAGUGAGAAUGGUAGUAGUAGUGAUAGUGAUGAUGACUUCAUGAUCAUUUGA